CCCGUUCCGCCAGGGGAGCGGGCCGUCGCCAGCACGGCCAGAAGCUCCCCUCAGCUCUGGAGCCGGAGGAGCUGUGGUCUCCUGUCAGAUCCGAGAGAGGUCCUCCCGCCCUUACCCAGGCAAAUGUGCAAUACCAAAAUGUCUUCUGACACAGAAGGUGCCUUAAGCACCUCACAAAUUCCAGCUUCGGAACAAGAGGCUCUGGUUCGACCAAAACCAUUGCUCUUGAAGUUGUUGAAGUUUGCUGGUGCGCAGAAAGACACAUUCACAAUGAAGGAGGUUUUAUUCUAUCUUGGCCAGUAUAUUAUGUCAAAACAGUUAUAUGACAAAAAGCAGCAGCACAUUGUUUAUUGUUCAGAUGACCUUCUUGGAGAUCUAUUUGGGGUACCAAGCUUCUCUGUGAAAGAACAUAGGAGAUUAUAUGCAAUGAUAUCUAGAAACUUGAUAGCAGUCAAUCAACAGGAAUUUUCUAGUCCAAACACAUCUUCAAAUGAAACCAGGUGUCAGCUUGAAAUCAGAAGUGGUCAAAAGGAAUCUAUGCAAGAGUUACAGGAAGAGAAACCAUCACCAAAUUUUAAUUCUAGACCAACUACCUCAUCCAGAAGGAGAACACAUAGUGAAACAGAAGAAAAUUCGGAUGAAUUGCCUGGUGAAAGACACAGAAAACGGCAUAAGUCAGAUAGUAUUUCCCUUACAUUUGAUGAAAGCUGUGCUCUGUGUGUCAUAAGUGAAAUAUGCUGUGAACGAAGCAAUAGCAGUGACUCAACAGAAAUCCCUUCAAGUCCGGAUAUUGAUACUGGUGUAUUAAGUGAAAAUUCAGAUGAUUCAGUUUCAGACCAAUUCAGUGUUGAGUUUGAAGUUGAGUCUAUUGAUUCAGAAGAUUAUAGUCACAAUGAAGAAGGACAAGAACUCACAGAUGACGAUGAUGAGAUAUACCAGGUAACCGUAUAUCAGGCAGAGGAAAGUGACACAGACUCAUUUGAUGAAGACCCUGAAAUAUCCUUAGCCGAUUAUUGGAAGUGUACUUCAUGUGAUAAAAUGAACCCUCCACUUCCUCCACAUUGCCACAGAUGUUGGGCUUUGCGAGAAAAUUGGCUUCCUGAGGAGAAAGGUGAAGUUGUGAAUAAAGGCAAACUAGAAAGUCCCAUACAAGGGGAAGAAGAGGGCUUUGAUGUUCCAGAUUGUAAGAAAAAUAAAAUGAAUGACUCUCAAGAUUCAUGUAUUGAGGAAAGUGAUGAAAAGAUAGUACAGACAUCAGACUCUCAAGAAAGUGAGGAUUAUUCCCAGCCAUCAACAUCUAAAAGUAUCAUUUGUAGUAGUCAGGAAGAUAAUGGAGAAUUUGAGAGAGAAGAAGCACAAGAUAAAGAAAAAAAUAUGGAAUCUCUUCUACCCCCUAGCACAGUAGAGCCCUGUGUCAUCUGUCAGAGCCGACCUAAAAAUGGUUGCAUUGUCCAUGGAAGGACAGGACAUCUUAUGGCAUGUUUUACAUGUGCUAAGAAAUUGAAAAAGAGAAAUAAGCCUUGUCCAGUGUGCAGGCAGCCAAUUCAAAUGAUUGUGUUAACUUAUUUUCUCUAAAUGUACUAAAGGUGGAACCAUAGAACCCUGCAUAUGAAAUGCUCUUAAAAAUGUUCACAUGGCUUGUGAAAUUUAUUUAAAAUUUUAUUUUUGUACAUUUUUUUUUCUGAGAAAAUGAAUAUUUUAAUCCAUUUUAGUCAUCUCUGGUGCAGUCUGCUUUUUGGAAAGAAUUUUUUAUUCUUUUCCUUUAGGAAAAAAACAUUUUGGUUACUGGGUUGUUUUUUUUUUUCAUUUUUCCAUUAUUUUUAUUAGUUUUCAUUUGUAUCAUUUAUAGAGGCAGCAGAGUAUAAUGGAUAAAGUACUAGUCUGGACAGAUCUAAGUUCAGAUAACCACAUUGGACACUUGAAACUAAUUUGAUCGAGGACGAAUCAUUCAGCCUCUUUGUGCCUUAGUCAAUUCUUAAGAUUUAUCUUCUAAGUCAGAUAAUUUGGGAUUAAGUCAUAAACACUCAUAUUGGGUUUGUUGAAACUAUACUAUAGCUCAUUUACUGUGUGCAUCAUUAAGAAUUACUAGUUAGAAGAUUGAUUUUCUAUUUGUUAAAUAGUUCUUGUCUUAUGUAGUUUGGGAGUAUCAAUUUUUGAAAAAUUUGUGUAAAUAAUAAAUUUAAUAAAUAUUAUUUAAGUUUAAUAUUGUUGGCGGAAGGUAAUGAUGAUUGAUGAAAAUGUUUGUUUUUGAGUUGCAAAUAAGAUACUCUUAAGAUUUCUGAUUUUUUGAAGCUUUAUCUGUUCUGAGUUCCAAGAAUCUAGAAAAUACCUGCUGAUAAAAAUCUGAUAGUUCAUUUAUUACUUCAAGAUCUUUUGCUAUUGUGUAUAUAAACACAAUUUUUUGUAGAGUCCAUUGUAAUUAAUUCUUUUUACAUUCCUUUGCCACCAGAAGGACCAUACCUGGGCAGAUAUUUUUAAGAGCCUCCAGUGAAAUUUAAUGUUGACCUUUUGACUGAAUACUAGCUUACCCCAGACCUCACUUAAAGUUAGAAUUUAAGUUGGAAAGUGUUUGUUUUUACCAAAUUGAAAGUAAUUCAGAUGUGACUAAAUAUAUUAUCUUGGUCUGGAUACAUGGCCCCAGAUAGGUGUCUGAAUUUUAACAUAAUCAAGUCCAGUUUUAAACUUAACAAAUUGGAAGCUGCACACAUGAAAGCACAUUCUUAUAGAACUUUUUUUUUCCUGGUUAAAUGCAAAUUAAAUAUUAGAUUAAUAUUGUUGUUAAACCAUUUGCCAUAUAUUUGAUUUUAAUGUGUUACUAUUUGGAGAUAUCAGUAAUGAUUAUUUAAAAUAGAUAAUUAACAUGAAUUUCUACUUUUCCAUGCCAUUGAAGGUGAGCUUUGAUCCACUUUUGGAUAUGGACAUCUCCAAUGUAAAUACAUUAUGAUUUGUCUUUUUGGGAGCAGAUUUAUUUUCAUAAUUAUUGUUGCUUAGUCUGUGAAUUCUCUGAGCCACAGACUAAUUUGCUGACUGGAAAGCUAAUUUAAAUUUGGAAACUUGUAGCAAAAAUUCAUGUAGCUAAAUGAAAGUUCUUCAUUAUAAAUGUGUUUGUGAAAGCUAAUAAAGAAAAUAAAAUGCACAAAA